GGAGGGCGGGUCGAGUGGCGAGGAGCAACCAGGAAUGUCGUGCGAGGUGAAAGCGGUGGCGGCGACGCACCUGGGGAAUUAACGACAACCAAGAACCAAGAACCAAACGCAACCGAGACAACGAGGUCCUCGCCGAGGACAUGCGCGGAGUUGCGGCCGCGCACCACCGGCGAACAGACGAUGUUCACCACGGAGCGCAGGAGAAUGAGCAGGCGCAUGAGCCUGCACGAGCUGAAGAGGAGAGACCCCGUGCGCGUGUCCGCGGGGAGCUUCUGGCAGGACUCGGACGCGGUCGAGCUGGGCGCCGGCGGCGCGGGCCGACAGCUCGUGUCGCCGCGGAGUCGCACCAGAGACGUGUCCGUGGCGUACAUCGUGAACGAGGACGCGUCGGUGCCGCAGACCGAGGAGAACCUGUCGCUCAAGUGCCUGAAGGAAGCCUGCGCGGACGCGCACGCCGCGUUCAAGAGCGUCUCGUUCGAGCGCAUUUCGCAAGGCACCACCGACAUCCUGGACUGCUUCUACAACGCGGAUGUGGCGGUGGUCGAGAUGAGCGACUCGUUCUGCCAGCCCUCCCUCUUCUACCACCUGGGGGUGAGGGAAAGUUUCAGUAUGACCAACAACAUCAUUCUGUACUGUUACAAGCCCGAUGGUGAUCUACAGGCUAUCAAGGAGCAGUGUGGGAGUUACACAUUCAUCCCUUACGUGGUGUCGCCUCAGGGAAAAGUGUUUGCCUGUGAUGCCUCCAUGAUGACCGGCAUCAAAGAGCUGAUGCAGCCGAGCUUCCAGCUGGAGCCCUUGCUCACCCCGCUGGUGGAAAGUCUUGUGCAUCUGCUGAGCAACGUACACAUUCAGUCCAGCGAGUACUUCCGGGAGUCCAUCAGGCACGAGAUCCGUAUGGCGCGGGAGCGGUUCAGCGGCCAGGCACUGAGCGAGGAGCUGGGCCACAUCCAGAAACGCCUGGACAGUGUGGAGCUGCUCACUCCUGAUAUCGUGAUGAACCUGCUGUUGUCCUACAGGGACAUUCAGGACUAUGAUGCCAUAAUCAAUCUGGUGGAGACUCUGAACCACCUGCCCAUGUGUUUGGUAGCAAGACAUCCGAAUAUCCAGUUUCACUACAUAUUUGCCCUCAACAGGAGGAAUCGCCCUGGAGAUCGUGCGAAGGCGUUGGAGGCGAUCCUGCCUAUUGUGGAGUCAGGGGGCAAGGUGGCAUCAGAUGUGUACUGCCUGUGCGGACGGAUCUACAAAGACAUAUUCAUGAGCUCUGGGUUCACCGAUCAGAGCAACAGAGACCAGGCCUGCUAUUGGUAUGGAAAAGCUUUUGAGACCGAGCCAACUCUUCACUCGGGCAUCAAUAACGUUGUCCUCCUGAUGGCAGCCGGCCAUGAAUUUGAUACUUCGAUUGAGCUGCGCAAAAUAGGUGUGACUCUAAGCACCCUGCUUGGCAGGAAGGGCAGCCUGGAGAAGAUGAGGGACUACUGGGACGUCGGCUUCUACCUCGGAGCAAACAUUUUAGUGAACGAGCACAGGAAAGUCAUCGAGGCCUCGGAGAAGCUCUACAGGCUCAAGGCUCCGAUCUGGUAUGUGGCGUCCAUUAUGGAGACGUACAUCUUGUACCGUCAAUUUUCCAAGCCGCCUGUGGUGAGAUAUCCUAAACAGGACACCGUGGACUUCUGGAUGGAGCUGCUUUUGCAGACCUGUAAACCCACCGUCUCCACAGACCGCUGCCCGGUGCUCGUCCUGGAGCCCAGUAAAGUCCUGCAGCCCGCUAUUGUGUGUGUGAGUGAGGAGGAUGAAAGUCGCACUGUCCAGUUGAAACACGUCACACCCUUAAAGAAAGGCUUACACCAGUGGACUUUCCCAGCCUCUGCAAUCCGGGGAGUGAGUGCUUCAAAGAUUGACGAGCGCAGCUGCUUCCUAUACGUCCACUACAACUCGGACGACUUCCAGCUCUGCUUCCCCUCUGAGCUUCACUGUACAGGUUUCUGCGAGCUGGUGAACUCUCUGCUUCAGCAGGCCGAAGACUCUGCGAUCCAGGACUUGGACCGUCAGACUGAAGGAAUACUAGAGUACAUCUACGAGACCAGUGAGAACUGCGACAAGGUGGUUCUGGGUAAAGGGACGUACGGUGUGGUCUAUGCUGGGAGGGACCUGAGCAACCAAGUGCGCAUCGCCAUCAAAGAGAUCCCCGAGAAGGACAGCACGUACUCGCAGCCCCUUCAUGAGGAGAUCGCUCUGCACAAGAGGCUAAAACACCGGAAUAUUGUCCAGUACCUGGGCUCUGUGAGUCAGGAUGGCUUCAUCAAGAUCUUCAUGGAGGAGGUACCAGGAGGCAGCUUGUCGUCUCUCCUGCGCUCGAAAUGGGGCCCUCUGAAGGACAACGAAGCUACCAUCAUCUUCUACACCAAACAGAUCCUCGAAGGGCUCAAAUAUCUCCAUGACAAUCAGAUCGUCCACAGAGACAUCAAGGGUGACAAUGUGUUGAUCAACACUUAUAGUGGCGUGCUGAAGAUCUCUGACUUUGGAACCUCCAAGCGGUUGGCAGGGAUCAACCCUUGUACGGAGACAUUUGCUGGAACUCUCCAGUAUAUGGCCCCAGAGAUUAUUGACCAGGGGCCUCGGGGUUAUGGGAAGCCAGCUGAUAUCUGGUCCUUGGGGUGCACCAUUAUAGAAAUGGCAACAGGCAAACCGCCCUUUCACGAGCUGGGAAGUCCUCAGGCAGCCAUGUUCAAGGUGGGAAUGUUUAAGAUCCACCCCAAGGUUCCAGAGUGCAUGUCGGACGAGGCGAAGGGCUUCAUCAUGAACUCUUUCGUGCCAAACCCAGAUGACAGAGCCACGGCGGCAGAGCUGCUGAUGGACGCCUUCAUCAGGUCGUCCCCGAGGAAGAGGGCCAAGGCGCCGCAGGAAUCCGAACUUCAAAGCCCCCUCUCAACUGACUAUCAUCGCAGCUUGUCUGUGCCCAUCUCCAUCCUUGUGGAGGACACUGAUUCAUACUCCGGUUCAAUUGACCUGUCCUGUUCCCUGGACCUCAGGAGGCCCCAUUACGCCCUCAGAGUGCAUGAGGUGUCAGAGAGCCCACCCAGCACCGGCGGCUUCCUGCCAAUACCAGAGGACUCUCCGUCAGACAUGAGCAGUCCCGCCUCAACAGAGGAGAACAUUGGUCUGUUUAUGCUAAGGAAGGAUAGCGAGAGGAGGGCCACCCUGCACCGAGUCCUCACCGACUAUAACGGCCACGUCAUCUCUAACAUCCAGGAGUCUGUGCCUCAGUAUGGCAAGGGGUCAUCGCUCACUGCAGACCACAUCACCAAGCUCAUUGGCUGCCUGCGAGACAACAUCCACUCCCCGGACAGGAAACAGCUGACCAGCGACCUGCUGGACCUCCGGGCCACGCUGCUCGCUGCCACAGUGCCGCUGAACAGCCUGCAGACGGUGCUGUUCAGCUUCCAAGACGCGGUGAAGAAGGUGUUGAAGCAACAGCAGGUGAAACCUCACUGGAUGUUUGCUCUGGACAAUCUGCUGAGACAGGCAGUACAGGAUGCCAUCAGUGUGCUCCUACCAGAGCUGAAACUCCAGCUGCAGUCCUCCUUUGAGAUUGAGGACAGCACUCCCGAGGAGCAGUCUGCCGACCCAAGCACCCCUGUCGUUUACGUGCCCGACCAGCUGGGGGCGCCAGCAGACCUGCAGCCAUCCUCUCCGACAUACGAGAUCACGCCAACAGCUGACCCCUACUCUCCUACAGACCUGGUCCUCAAUACCAGCUGUCCCCACAGCGAGAAGCUCCGAGAGCUGAGACUAGAGACCAAAAGACUGCUAGGUCAGCUGAGUGAGAAGGAGACGGAGUACCAGGAGCUGCUGAAGAAUUCUGUCCAGAGGAAACAGGAACAGAUAGACGCUCUGAGGAAAACAGCCGUCACUGAAGGUGGUGAAUUUGCUUUAGAGAAAAAGCAGAAUCCGGAGGUGAAGGCGUUGGUGCGCUGGCUCAAGUCUGUCCCUGUAGAUCAAGACACCAUUGAUAAGUUGCUUACCCAUGAGUUCACCUUGGACUGUCUCCUCCACAUGGCCUCCAGGGACGAUUUGAUGUACUGUGGAAUAAAAGGCGGCACGCUGUGUCGAAUCUGGGAGGCCAUCGCAGUCCGCAGGAAGACCCAGCUCAUCAAGCACGAUGAGGACAGCGAAGACACUCUUCUCUAAUGGCCGCUGAUGUUGUACAUCAAAGGUCAGAUUUAUUGACAGGCUGGUCCUGUGUUAUCUGGAGGAAGAGAGGAGCAGUGGAGAACAUAACUGAAUUGCACAUGUAGCUGAUGUAAAGCAGAAUUGAUUUUGAACCUUGUUCAACCAUGGGUGUAUUUUUUUUCUUUUGUACAAAUAUGGAUUACUUUGAUUUUUUGUAGAGUGUGAAAAAUCUUCACUUAGAAGCUAAAUCUUACCAGCAUUUCUUUUUUUAACAUUUUCUCAGGGUUUUGGCAAGUGGGACUAUGAUUUAUGUCUUCCUUUUUAUCUGCAACGUUGUUCAACGUUAUUUUAAUGAUGGUGCAGUUUUACUCUGUUCAACAGAAAACUUAGCAGGACCUAAGUUAUUAAGAGUAUAAUUUUUUUUAAACUGACUGUCUCUGCAUUCUUGGGAGAACAAUUACAUUUUUGCUAUGCAGCCUUUCAAAACUCAUUCAAAUAAUAAAACAGGAACAUUGGAUCCCUCUGACUGGCUUGUUAUCUGCCAUUUGUUUUGUUGGGGGGUUGAGUGGGUGACGUAGGCUGCAAGGAGGAGAUGAAGUGGUGGACAGUCUUUAAAUUCCUCAUGCGUUUCCUAAUCUGUUUUCACAAUGUUGUGAAAAACCUGUUUGGAAACGGUGUUUUGUACGUGUGCGUUUUCUGAGUGGGUCUAUUUUUUUUUACACACUUUAAAUGAGGACUCUUUUUCUGAUAAAUAAUUUUGUCUGUUCCUCACUUGGAGGUAAGAGAGAAGUGUAAAAAUGUGGGAUUAGACAUUAGACAUUGGACUUGAGUAAUUAUCAGGAAUGGAAAUAAAAGGAGAAGGUCAAAGGUCAGGAUCAGAAUGUUAGGGAAAGUGUAAGAAUACAUUUUGAUUCAUUUAUUCCAGUCUCUCAUAAUUCCCUUCAUCAAUCCUUAUUAUGUUGAACUGAACUGACACAUGCAUGUCAGCUGCAGCAGUAAAUAGAGAUGUGCCUUCAUUGAGAGGCUUGUCUCCUAAUAACUCUGACACUCACUUGUAUGAGUAAUGCCUUAAUCAGUAUUUGGUUUGAAGCAGUUAUCUGUAAUUUGUCAUAACAAUGUGUUCAUAUUCCUUUUACAUGGCCUUGUGUGACCCAGCAUACUUAUUGGAGCGCAAUGAUGUCUUAAUUAAAUGAGAGAAAACA